AUGGCGCUUCUCAAUAACGCAUGGGUGGACAGCUACCUGGACGCCCUGCUGUCGGCCGGGCUCUCAACCGAGGCCGCCCGGCGCGCCGGCGACACAUCUGCGUCAUCUGCCGACACGCCGGACUCUGUUGACGCUGACACCAAUAUCGCCGCCAAGUACUAUGUGCAGACCCUGAUGGCUCUGGACGAGGGUGAGGGCCUGGGCUUUGGGGGCGGGGGUGCCGCCGUCACCCACGGGCGAAGCGGUCCUGAUGCCGUGGGCACCGCCUAG